AUGUCUCUCUCGUCUUUUCUAAGCCUGGCCUCUGCCUGCGAACCCUGCGAACCGGCCGUCCUGCCAGUCUUCCAGUCAGUUCCCGCACACGGCCUGCCUCCGCCACCUGCGAAGGGGAAGAAGGGUCCACCGCUGCCCAAAUCCUCCAAGCUGCCUCCAGCGAAAUCCGCAAAGGCAGGGCCGCCAGCCGGCGGGCAGCCCAGCACGCCUUCGCCUCCCGAUGCAAGUGCCGAGAAGGCUCCGCCUCCGGCAGAGAAUCUUGAGCCUCAUGCAGGCAAGCCGGGACCGCCUGCGGGCAAGGGCGGGCCUCCCGCGGGCAAGGGCGGGCCUCCCGCCGGGAAAGUGGGACUCCCGAAAGCGGCUUCAGGCCCUGAGACAGGGCGCGGCUCACCUGACACAGCUUCUCCCGGAGCCCCUGCCGCGAAGCCGGCUCUGGCCGCUGGAAAGAAGCCUGCGCCAGGCAAGAGCGCCUCGCCGCCAGGCAGCGGGGCGCCGUUCCUAGCCGGGCCGGCGCCGACGGUUCCUCCAGUCGAAGAGCGCUCGACGCUCCUCUUCAAAGACUCGCAGCGGGUGGCGGGAGUGCUGGGCGCGGACCUAGCUGUCACCGGCGGGGGGAUGGGGAAGAGAGACGAGGUGGCCGCGCGGGCGGCGAUGAUUGCCGAGAAACUGACCUUGGCCGACUUCGCGAACAUGCCUGUUGCCACUGCGCGUGGUGCGGAGCCUCCGCCGCUGCCUCUGACAGCCGACGCGGAUAGAAAUCCCUUCAUCCUCACGACAGAGUUGAGGAAGGACAUGGCAGAGCGGCGGCAUUCACACACUCAAACCGAGGAAGAAAGGAUCAGGAUGUUGUCGGGCAUGUUCAACGUGGACCGACAGACUGGGUUCCGGUUAACGCCUGAGCAUCAGCGAGUGGCUGAGGCGCUCACGCUCCUUCAGCGCCUGGAGGAUUUCCGCGGCACUGUGCGAGCAGGGGAAGUCCAGCGGGCGCGGUAUCUUUUGCGAGUUGGCGCCAUCGAAGCGUUCGCUCAGCAGCGGUAUUCGGAAGCCAUGCUCCAGGCGCUGCACUCCUAUUUCCUUGCAAAGUCCUAUUACACCGCAUACGAAAGCAUGCCUCUUGAAGGUGAAAUGGUUCCCGAGCUGCUGCUUCUAGCCAAGUGCUGUGGCCUCGCAGGAUGUCUGGAUCGCGGUCAGGAGUACCUGGACGAGCUCCGGUACAUUGUUGAAAACACGCUGAUUUUCAUUUCGACGGGGGGCUCCACGGGCGCUGCUGGCUCCGCCGGAAGUUCGGCCGCCGGCGGGGUCGACCGGGGCAGCGUGCAGGGCCCCAUCUUGCAAGUCGAGAAACACGUGCUCGCCUCUGUCGUCAGCAGCUUGGCAGAGAUAUGCAGUCUCUACAACCAGCCUGACAACGCGAAGCUUUUCUACGAAAAAUACGUCAUUCUCACGAAGGACGUGUAUGGCGCAGACUCCCUGGCGGUGAGCGACGCGCUCAACACGGUCGCGCUGUAUUUCUUCCGCACGCGCCAGUAUGAGCAGGCGCUGCCCAUUGUGGAGGAAGUUCUGGAUAUUCGAAAGAAGCACUUGGGCGACUACGACGCGCCGGAGCCGAACGCGCGAGUCGCGGACUGCUACGCCAACUUGGGACUAUUGUACCGCUUGCUGGGGCGACCGAUCGACGCCUUUCCUCUAGUCCUCACGUGCCUGGAUAUGCGCAUGAGGAUCUUCCAGACUCGCGAGACCGCGGCGGUGCAGGAUCUCGUUCUGUCGCUGGGGUGCCUCCAACACCAAGCCGGGCACUUCCGCGAGGCGCUCGAUGCCUACAAAGAAGUCUGGGGCUUCAGGAACCGCACACUGGGCGCCACACAUCCCGACACCAUCAACGUGGAAAUUUUGCUCAGACGGCUCGAUAAGGAUCUGACGGCGUGGAUGGAGGAGGAGAAGCAGAAGAUGGGAAGGCGGGAGACGGCGUUGCCGUCGGCCGGCGCGUUCGACGCGGCGACUCGCGCGGGAUCUGCGGCGGCUGCAAGCAAGUCGCACCGGACCAGCGAUGUGUUUUACGAGGAGGAUGACGACUACGAUCUGACGUACGACGACAAGCGCGUGCGGAAAGCGAUUAUGGACUACGCAGACGCCGCCGCCGCCGUGCGUCUGCUCAAGUGUCCGACUGCGGUGACGCUGGAGGAGUUUCGCUACCAGCAGACGGCGAAGGGCUUGAAGUUCCGCGUGCGCGGCAUCCCGUUCCACUCGCUGGCGCGCAGGCGGGCACUCUACGGCGAGGAGUGGCGCUCCAUGAUGGUCCCGUCGUCGGCGAUUCUGCCGUAUGUGGGCGUGGAGGUCACGGGGCCGGACACGUUGGAGCUCGCGGAGUGCUACGAGUUCCAGGAGGCGCUUGCGGCGGAGCGACCCAAACUGCCCGUCGUCAACGUGCCGCAAAUUGAGCGCGGCGAGGCCACGAUUGUUGACGGUCAGCCCCACAUGGUUGUGAACCCCGAAGCCGCGGAUCUGCUGAGGGACUGGGGCGUCGUGCUGCCGGAAGUCGACCGCGAGGGCCGCGUCAUCAACCGCGACCCGCAGCUCACGACCGAGAAGGGCUUCCAGCUCUUCGUCCCUGUGGUGGACCCGACGACCAAUCAGCCCUUCCUGGGCUUCUUUGGCGAGCCCGUCAUGGUGCCGAACCCCGCGAUCUACCAUGCCGUCAUUGCGCCCGCCAUCGCCGACUACGAGAAGCGCGAGGAGGCAGCGCGCGAGGAGGAACACAGAAAGAAGCUGCUGGCGGCAAGCAGAAGUGGAAAGGACGGCCGCAUCAUCAUUGGCGCGAAUUCGGGCCAGCCGCCUCCGGCGCCGAAGCGCGUCUCCGUCUUCAGGUUCGGUCAACCCGGCGCCGCCGGCGCCCUGCCUGCCGGGUCGCCCCCGCCGCCAGGGGACCAGGCUGAAGCGGGAGACACUCCGAUGAAAGGCAAGUCUAAUUUGGCGUCGCCAGAGUCGCCCGUGAAGCAGGCGACGUCGACUCUGAAGCAGGGGACGUCGACUCUGAAGCAGGCGACGUCGACUCUGAAGCAGGCGACGUCGAAUCUGAAGCAGGAGACGUCGACUCUGAAGCAGGAGACGUCGACUCUGAAGCAGGCGACGUCGACUCUGAAGCAGGCGAAGUCGACUCUGAAGCAGGCGAAGUCGAAUCUGAAGCAGGCGACGUCGAAUCUGAAGCAGGCGACGUCGAAUCUGAAGGAGGGCAAGUCAACUCUGAAGGACGCGAAGGCGAGGCUUGCCCAGUCGCUCCAGAAAGACUCGCCUGCCAAAAAACCGUCUGCUAAAGAGCCGCCUGCCAAGUCGACCAGCAACCUGAAGAACAUUCCCCAGACGCCGCCCAAGGCAGAAGACGCGUCCUCCAGCUCUGAGGAGGAGCCGAGCAGCAGUGAAGACGAGGCGAAAGCCGGGAAAAAAGCGCCGCCUCCGGCGCCCAAGCCCGCUGCGGCGAAGCCUUCGCCCCCCGCCAAAAAGACCUCUCCCGGCUUGCCGGCCGCCCAACCCUCCGCCGGUGCGAAACCCAAGAGUCUCCUGGGUGGGAGCAGCGCCAGGUUCGACGCUGCCGCGUACAAGUCCAAGAUGAAGAAGCCAUUUGGCAAGCCGAAGGGCCCGGGCUUCCAGCCUGCGACGAAGCACGCGGCGGACCUGCCCCCGUUUCUCAGCCGGCUCGAGACCGAGACCGAGUCCGCGCCGUGUUCGGCUAAGGGAGAACGAAGCGACCUGCGGGAGUGGCUGGACACCGGCUGCGAAGAGCAAACGCUUCUAACGCUGGACGCGUCCUACACGACGAGCGACGCAGCUGCAGAUGACGAUGCGGGGGAGUUCGGCGUCCCAAGCCCCUCACAGCUGCGAAAUUCGACGAUACGCACCAAGGAGAAGCGAGAAAGGCGGGAAGAGCUGCGCGGUCUGCAGGACUCAGCCACUUCGGGUCGGACGCUACCCGAUAGCCACGCGGGCCCUGCAGAGAGACAGAUCUCCGCUUCCUCUUCUGAAGUUGCAGAAGGGACGGCGGUGCAGGGUGCCAAGGCCGCCUCCUCAUCCUCGUCGCUUCAGCUGGAUACCCAGACAUCUCCGCCGCACCUGUUGGGUCUGGCCGGCUCGCUUCAGGGCACUUGGUCACAGGCGCCACGCAGAAAGCGCGAGGCGAGCCUCGAAGCUACUCGCGCUGGCCUGCUGAGGACAGACGAAGAGGAGGAGGACUGGUGGAAAGUCGAGAAAGAAGACCAGAAGUGCCAAGUGGCGAGGACAAAAGAACACUUUAAGAAGCUUCUGCUGAAGAAGCAGCGGGAGCAUCUGGACCUGGCUUUGACGCGCCUGCAGCUGGAACAGGCGGGUGAAGCAGCACCUCCAGGGGAGGCAUUUGCUGCAUCUAGCGCUGCAUCCCGGAGAGGCUCGGAACGAAAGGGUGGCAUGCCGCUUUUCGGGUCCGCGGCUGCGCCGCCACAGCCCCGCCGCAGCGCUGGGGCUCUUCGCGGGCUCGAUGGCCUGUCGGCUUUCGUCAGCGGGGAUUCAGCUGAAGGGUCACAUCCAACUCGUCUCUCAUCCGAAUUUUCGUUGUCGCUUUCGCCUCGCUCGGCCUUGUCUGGGAACCCCCCUUCUGCGCGCCUUGCGCUCCGUCGUCCGCAGACCCUCGCAGGUGGAGGAGCGCUUGACAGCGACUUGGCAGGAGGUUUGUUUCCCUCGGAUCUUUCCUCCUUCACGACGAGCGGCAGCCACAGCGCUUCGCUCACGCGCACCUCGUCUCCUCCCGAGGCCUCGCCCGCUGCUGCUCGUCGAAGCCAUCGAGGCGUCGCGCCGGGUUUGCCCACUCCCUCUGGGUCGACAUCACCCCAGGGCGACCCGAGCUCGACUCUGAGGCCCAAGCGCCCAGCAGACGCUUUCGCUGCGGCGCCUGAUGCGCUGCUGUCUCCCUUGUCCUCCGCUCCGACGCCGCUUUCUCCGCGAUCCGACGCCCGCUCCGUCCCUCCUGCGUCUUCCCCUCCGUGCUUUUGGUCUGCUUCGUCGAGCUCCUCCUCGUCUUCUUCGGUGUCCGCCGGGGUCCUUACGCCAGCCGCAGAGAGCGCCGCGGCGGCAAACGAGGCAAACGAGGCCCGCCGGCUAUCCAACGCUGUCAAAGCUGCGGUGGCCGCGGCUCGGAGUUCGUUCGCGGCUUCCUUUGCCGCGCUGGGCGCCACGGCUAAGGGCAGCGUUCCGCGGCACAUGCGCGGAACAGAGUCCAGCAUUUCGGCCUAUAUGCGGAGACCAGACACGGACACAGACAGCUUGACAGUGAGCAGUGGAACCGACCGCUUCUCGCUGCACCGCGACAACGAGUUCUCCGACUUCACUGGCACGCGACGGGGGGACACCGACAGCGAGCGCCCCAGACGCGAAGAGGGACCGGGCGAUGAGCCGAGGUGGGAUGUCGACUGGAGAUAUCUAGAGGAGGAGGAAGGCGAAGGGAGCGGCGAGCAGAGACGGGCGGCGGACAGCGCGCGGGGCGUCGCCGCCGCGAGGAGGCGGGAAGAAGAGACGAAAAAAAUCACUGAGAGGAGGGACAGGAUGCUGUGGGAAGCGGGACAAGAGCGAGAGGAAGCGAGGCGGCCGCUGGGCGACUCGGGGCGAUCAGGUGAAACUCAGGAGAGACACGCCACCGAGCGACGGAGACCAGGUUUGGGGGCGUCGGGGUCGUUCGGCGGCGAGCCCCGGCCUGACAGCGUUCUGCGGGCACUGGAGAGGCUCGCGGAGGAACGAGUUGCGCAUCGCGGAGACAGCAGUUCACACGACGGGGAAGAAGAGGGCGACCUCGUAGAGGCCGAGUUGUCUGUGUCUGAGUUCAGCGACGAGGAAGGCACAUCCGAGCGAGAGGAGGCGAAGGGGUCGGGGACGACCAGGCCACGGCACCUGGCUGUCGACAGCGGCCGAAGAGAGGAAGGCGAGGGAGAGGGAGAGGACUAUGGGGAAGCAGAACUGCCCCUGACACCCGUCGCAGAGACUGAAGAAGAGGAUGUGCCUCAGGAAGGAGACGCAGUCUCAGACAGCGGCUCUGCCCUUGUUCCGCGACCGUCCGGCGGGACCCUCGAUGCGGACCCCUCGCUUUCGUUCUUCCCGCCUUUGUCAACUCCUUCUCGCGAGUCGCCCCCGAAAAGUGGAUGGGAUCAGUUCAUCAGCUUCGAUAGCUCAGACUUCACGCUUGCGUCUCUCAAUUCCAUGUCAAAGCACCAGCCCGGUUCGCUGCGCCACAAGCAGUCGCGCAGUGGCGGACGGGGGCGUCCGCUUCAGUCCCCAAUCGGCAGCGGGGCCUUUGAGGGCGAUUGGGGCGGGCGCGAGCUCGACUACGAGAGGCGCAGCAGCCUCCGGACCCCAGCGCCGGAGCCAGAGUCCGAAGAGCCGGGUGUCGAAGACGACUCAAAGUUAGAGUCGGAAGACGAGUCCGGCGCGGCAGAACAGACGGAAUCGGAGGAGGGGGAAUUCGACGAAGUGGAAACGCUCGAGUCCCGUCGCCUUCCGGCCUUGUUCGCGCGACAGUCCUCCCACGGGGCGGCCAUGCGCUCUUUCUGUGAAGAGGAGGACGAUGACGAUGGCGUUCCCCCUGCUGACAGCCUGCCCGUAUGCUCAGACCUGGACUCAUUUUCCGCAGGUGUCGCUCCGUCGCCGAGACGAACGGAGUCCGAUGCAGCUUCUGCCGAGUUACAGCGUGUCCCCGAAACGGGCCUGAGCACUCUGUGCCAGGUAGCGUCCUCAGACUUCUCUAUUGUAGAGGACGAGGAUCUCGAUUCUUUGUCGCCUGAGGCUGCCGCCCCUUCACCAGCGCCUGCGCCGUCUGCGGGCUUCGCCGUCGCUGGCGAUUGCGGCCUCUCUGCGGUGUUCGAGCCGGUGGUGCCAACUAGCCAAAGUGUCUCUCUGUCUCUCCCUUGGAUAAUUCCGGCCACGCCUCCAUCGUCGGCACCCUUGGCGCCCGAAGCCACAGACGACGGAGGACUCGACUGCGAAUUCUCGCCUCCUCACUCGUCGCGUCUGGAACUCUCUCUGCGCCCCGAAGCUGUUCACGCCGCCCCCGUCCUCUCCCCGGCUCUCGGACGAGUGCUUCGAAGGAGAAGCAGCGGCGCGCAGGAGACAACGCCGCCUGCAGCGGAUACGGACUCCGACCCUCUCUGGAGCCGCGAUGGCCCCGGCGCGUCCCCGUCUAGAUGCGUCAACGACCCGCCAAGCGACCGAGCUGUGAGCAACGGGGAAACAGACGCUGCAUACGCAGGCCCGCAUGAUACGCCUGAAAACAUGCCAAGGGUGAGGCGAAGCAAACUUUCUCUGCGGCGCCUCUCUCAGUCUUCGCUCUUUCGUUCCUGUGGAUCCUUGAAAAGGGAGUCGACGCAGAGCGACCUUCAGGCCGAGCGGGCUGGCGGCGCUGCAGGGGUAGACCAGCCUUCGCCUGCAUCGCGUACCUCCGCGGGUUCAUCGCGGGUCCCGGCGGGGUCUCCCCUGGCGGCUCCUGUGGAGAGACGCCGGUUUUCCUUCCGCGAGACUCUGCGGAGAGCAAGUCUUUCUCGGAGUCGGAACGCCGAGGAGGAGCUGUCUUCGCCGUCGUCGUGUCAGAGUCCCGUGUCCUUUCCCUCGCCUGCAUCGCACCUCCUGCCGAACACGGAGUUCGGUUCCCCAGAGGAGAGGCGCGACUGUCGGACUGUGGAUUCAAUAAGCGGCGCAACUGCAGCAGAAUCAGAGGAUGGAAGUAUCGCAGGCGCAGGUGCGGAGUCGGCGCCCGCUUCGCGUACUGACUCCUCACAUCAGAGGGCGCUCGACUGUGCCGAAGACCAGCAGGGGGCCAUAGACUCCCCAGCCCGCGGACGAGAUGAAGACGGCGGGCAAGGCGACCGAAGCGCAGCAACGGAGAGCGAGGACGAAGGAGACAAAAAGCGACGGAGGUGGUUUUCGUCAGGCCUUCUCCGGCCUAGGAAGACGCUGUCAGACGUGGUAGACGACAGAAAGAAAAUAAUGGAGCGCCGGCAUUCGUUUUCGCGUCCUCCGCUGCCGCCUGACGCGAACGCGUCGCCUUCGGGCCCUUCCGGACUCCGCGCACCUGUCAAGGAGCGUUUGACUCGACUGCGGAGGCGGUCAGUCGGUAGCGCGAGCUUGGCGCAGGACGCAGGGGAAGAAAAGACGGGCGAGGAAACGGGAGUCGUCCGAGAGCCUCCGCGGCUGUCGCCCUCAAUCCUGUUGCCGAAUGGCCUUGGAAGCAGGCCGAUUCACACGCCCAGCCGGGGGCUGCGGACCCUCCUGAGCCCCUUUAGCAGGAAGGGGCGAGGACCCACACCCUCGUCGGCGGGCCUGGGGCCUUCGAGCGACGAGAAGCUGGAGACAGGCACGGGAUGGCGGGUCGACGAAUCCUCAGAUGAUAGCCAGGAGGAGGCCGCGCCGUGGUCCGAGGACGACUGGGAAGUUCACGAGCUGCCUGACGACGCACAGGGCGACUCAGGAGCCUUUGAAGAGGGACUUAAGCGCGAGCCAGACCGAGGCCUCAUCAGACCUUCUCCUGAGGGAGACCGCAGCCCGACAUACGGCAAGCUUGCUCCCUGCCCUGACCCUCUGGCGGAUCCCUGCGCGGAACGUCCCGACACGAACACCGCUGACGGCGUGUCGGAGUGCGAGUGGAAUACGAGCGACGGCAGUGAAGGCAGCAGCAGCGCGGAAGGGAGUGAGGCAGAGUGGCAGGAAGCCCCGCUCUCUUCGUCUCCAUCAGAGGAGUCGUCGGACGCAGAGGCAGAUGAGGAAACAUACCGGGAAGAACCCGAGGCGGAAGGUGGAAGUCCAGACCGUGGGAGCGGCGCGGAUGACGAGGACGACAGAAUCGCAGCGGAGGGCCUUAUCGAAAGAAUGCUGCUCGCGGCAGAUCGCUGGCGGCAGGUUGAAGGCGAGUCGCCUCCGGAGCGAUGGCGGAAGUCCGGUCUUUUCUCUCACCGCGCGACUGAAGACUUACCUGUGCCUUCGCCUCGACAGUCGCUUUUGGGAGAAGCGCAGAGAGGCUCGCAGCCCACGCUGUCUUCGCCGCUCCUUCGGGAAAGGAGAAAGAGACAAAAUGAGUCGACGGCGGCACGGAAGAGCUCUCAGCAGCCUACGUUGGAGGCAGGUGAACUUAUACCGCAUGCUAUGAAGAAGGCGUCAACCGUUUCGCAGCAAAAGUCUUCUGGAUCUUCUUCGCCUCCCAGUGUCGAUACUGCGCCGUCUGCGCUUCUCAGAACGUGCAGGCAAGAGACACUCUCCUUCGGGGGGCCUUUGUCUUCGCUGUCGUCGGCGCCUGCUCCAUGGUUUCUGACUCAGCCCGUCCACGAGUUGCCGCCCAAGGGACCGAAGGGAGGCCCGCCGAAGAAGGGAAAGGCGGCGGGGUGGAAAGCGCCACCGCCUCUCCCGGCGCCGAAGGAGGAAGGCGCCCCCCUCCCAGGCGGCACAGUUCUGAAGACAGGCAUUUUCAAAAAAGCGGAAGCCCCUGCGAAGACGGGGCCUCCGGAGGACAACGCCCCUGGCGCCCCGCCGAAGGACUCGAAACUGGCGCCCGCAGGCAAAGACAAGGCAGCGCCUCUGGCGAAGAAAAGCAUUGCAAAACAAGAGAGUGGAGUGCAAAAAGACCUUUCUGCGGCGAAGCCUGGGCCUCCGGAGAAAAAAGGCCCGCCGCUCGGGGAAAAGAAAGGCCCUCCUCGUCCUCCGGCAAAGAAAGGUGCGCCAGCGCUCAAGACACAGACGUCUGCGGGGACAGUCGUUGCAAAGAAAAGCAUGCCGAAAUCAGGGGGAGACAGCUCGUCCGACGAAGACAAGGAUAGGGGGCGCUUCAAGCUUGUGAAGUUGCCUGAGGGGAAACCUGUUUUUGAACCCAAGCCAGCAAACAUGAGAAUCGUGGUCAGUGCUAAGAACAAGAUAUCCACCCCCGUGAAGAAGGCAGAAGAUACAAAAGAUCGACUGUUUUUACCCCAGAGGGGGUAUGCCCUCCCCCACAAGAAUCUCGCGCCGGUUUCUGUCUCUAUCCUACCCAAAAUCAAGAAGAUCAAGGCAGGGACGGAGAAGGAUCCGACGAAAGGCGACGUGCCUGUUGUCAUCCUCAUGGAUGACAACAACCAGGAGCUUGGUAGACUCCCGUGGCAGGUGGACCUGACCUCGUUCUCGCUAGCGCAGAGCUCCAUGUCAGUGCUCGUGGCUCGAAAGCUGGGUCUCCUGGCUCGUCGCGUCGAGGACGAAGAGAAGGGAGAAGACGCGAAGGAGUGGUUGACGGGCGAAGGCCUCAAACAGUUCGGGCUCUCCAUGCGCAAGAGCAAAGCCGGCACUCUAGGGGGCUUCGGCGGGCAAGGCCUGGGCUUUGGCAUGGGCCUCGGCGGCCUACCGGGCGCGCUUGCGCAGAUGCAAGCAAAGGAACCGCCGAAGAAGGAGGAGGCCAAGGCGAAGGAAGAGCCCAAGAAGGAGGCGCCAAAGAAAGGGCCUCCAGCCGGCAAGGGGAAGGGGCCGCCUGGCAAGGGGCCGCCGAAGGGAAAAGGGCCAAAGAAGAAGGGUGAAGGCGGUCUCAAGGUGGGAAAGAAGGACGAAGGCAAGACCAAGAGGUUUUUCUGGGAUCCUCUCUUCGAAGACGAGAUUCCGGGCACGAUUUUCAUGAAGAAACCGGCCGUGCAACUCGUGCUUCAGGAUGUAGAGGAAACCUUCGCCAAGGUUGUGGCCAAAAAGAAGGCGGAGUCGAAGAAGCCGAAGAUCAUCCAACUGCUGCCAGACUCGAAGCGCGCGUACAAUAUGAACAUUGCUCUGUCCAAGUUCAACAACUACUCGUAUCAAGAGCUUCGUGAGGCCCUGAUCGACCUUAACCCUAAGAUUCUGACAAUCGACGCGACCGAGACGCUGUUGAACUUCGUGCCCACUGCGGAGGAGACGCAGGUUGUCAAGGAAUAUAUAAACUCUGGAGGAGAUUUGAAAUUGGUAGACAGACCGGAACAAUUUGUGGCGGCCAUGCUGGGUGUACCGCUGAUGAAGCAGCGCCUUGAGGCACAUGCCUACGCCCUGAACUUUCGCGAGGCUUAUAGUGAUGCAUACACGCCCCUAGAAAAUUUGGCUGACGCCUGUGACGCUCUGGAUGACUCACAAAACCUCAAAGUUGUCCUCUUCGCCAUUCUUGAGCUGGGUAACGCCCUCAAUGAGGGAGACCCUCAGAGAGGAGGUGCUUCAGGUUUCAAGCCGACGACACUUGCGAAAUUGCAAGAGCUCAGGACCACCACAAAGCCCGUUAGAACGAUGCUGCAGUACAUCUGCGAUAUAAUCUGGGAGCAGAAACCUACAGCCCUGAGUAUCUACGAGGAUCUGAAGAUCUGCGAUAAGGCACAGCGUGUAGAUUUGCAAGGUGUUGAGGGUAAAAUUUCCCUAUUGAAGGCCGGCCUGACAAAAGCCAAGAACACGCUAGAGGCAGCCAGGAAGGGAAACGAAUCAACUGGUGUCAUGGGUGAUCGCGACCCGCUCGGGAGCAUUAUGGAUGAAUUUAUUGAAGAGGCAGAACCGAAGAUCAAACAGCUUGAUGACUUUCUGCAACAGGUUCAAAAUCAGUUCGUGCAGACAUGCCAUUACGCCGGUUACCCGGAGAAAGACGUUAAGAAAGUUAAACCGGAUGAGCUGUUCAAACAAAUUGCGGCUUUCGCAAGACAAGUGGAAACAAUUCGCAAGCAGAAGCAAGAGCUUUUGGAUCGCGAAAUGAAACGCAAGGAAGCUGAGGCGAAGAGGGCAAGUAAAGGACUCAAGACGGCAACCAAAAAGAUUGGGGCCAAAUGA